GAAACAAUAUCACGGUAAACACAAAAAUUCACUGCUGAUUUUCAUGAAAUUCCACAAAUCAUAGCUGAGAAACUUUCAAACCAUGUAUUAUUUGCGAUUGUGCUGUCAAAAAUCAUUGGAAAAGCUUGGGACGGAGUAUUUUUUUCUUUGAUUGAGGUGCGUUAUAUUCAUAUGAUGGUCGAUAAAGCAAAAUCACUUGGUGAUCAGCCAUUACCGGAGGACUUUUACAUGUUUCGUGCAAUGGUGCGGGAUGAAGGUGAAAAGUGCUUGACAUAUGUGCACGAGGCUGAUAGGAUUCAUGUACAAGCCGAUUAUAGAAGAGAUGAGGUAUAGGCAAACCAUUUACGUCCCUCUGUUCGUAGGCGAGGAAAAGAAGGUGUUACUGGUAGGAGGGAACGUGCUAUUGAGAGAGGACGAAUGCCUGCUGAAAUGGAUGAAGCACAUCAGGCCACACAAGAUGCCCAAGCAGCCACGGGAGAUGAUCAAGAAGCAGCACAUUGUGAUAUUGGUUCUACUUCAAGGGAUACUCAGGAAUUCACUCAGGCAUCACGUAUGACAUAUCAACCAACUAAUACUCAGAUUGUGCCAUACAUGACACCACAGACUCCGCAAUAUUCAAGGGAUCCAAGUCUUUUGUCACUUGAGUUGGAUGAUAUAGAAGGUAUUGAGUUGGAUGAUGCAAGCGAUGAAGUGGAUGGAAAUGAUUUGGAGAAUGCUAGCGAAGGUUGUGAUUUUUCGCAAGUGACUGCAAUUGUUCAACAUGGUAAACCAUCAAUUAGGCCGAAGCGUAAAAUUUUUCGUAAGCAUUGUGCCACUGGAAGUCACUUUCUUGACCAGCAUGGUAGAAUGAAAAAGCAGUGUGGUAGAAGAAAAAAACAGCAAGGUAGAACCAAAAAGAUAUGA